GGUUACCCUUCAAUGGGUGGAAUGGGAGAUAUGCAUGCUAGAAAUAUGAGUAUGUUUAGCAUGGGAGGUGGUAUGAUGGGAGGAGGAGGAAACAUGAUGAUGAUGGGAGGUGGGGGUAAUGGAAAUAUGCCUGGUGUUCCUGGAUCUGGAGGAGUUGGAGCACCACAAAUGAAUCCAAAUCCGAAUCCAAGUGAUGAUGAAAUCGUUCAGGCUAUUAGAUCUUAUCUUUCUACUCAAGAUCUAAUGAGAGUCACCAAACGAUCAGCUAGAGAAGCCAUCUCGAAUUGGUUCCCAAAUGCUAAUCUUGGAGAAAGAAAAGCGUUUGUAAAUGAAAUGAUUGAUAGUAUUUUGGCUGGAAAUUGAAGAAAUCUUUAGAAGAUGCGAAGAGUUUUUUUUUUUGAUUAGCUUUUCAUUGAUUCAAUGAUGAUUAGAUAUGAUUGGUAAAAUGCAAAAGAGAAUGAAAAUUGAUGAGGAAAUGCGUUUUUGGUUUUGUGUAAUGUAUUUUGUCUUUGGCCCUUUUUAGCAUUAAAGUUUUUUUUGUGUGUGUCUCUUCUUUCUUCCCUCAUCUUUUUUUUGUGGAUUUGUUUACUGUUGUUUAGCAAGGUAAUCUUUUUAUCUUUUUCUUUAAUUAUUAAGUUUGCAAGAUCAUUUUUGUUUUUGUUUUGUGAAUUUGUGUGGAUUAAAGUUUUUUCAUAGUUUCUUGUGUGAAGUGAUGGUUUUUUUUAUGAUUUCUAGAAGUUACAAUUUCAAAGAGUUUAUCAUGAUAGAGAUAUGGGUUAGAAGUUGAACUUUUUUUUAAUUUAGAUUAUAAGAUUAGAAAUGACUUUUUUUCAUUAAUUACAAAUACAAAAUUGAUUUAACUUUUCAAGUAAAAGGUUCUCCUAAAGUGUCUGAUAU